GCGAGGGGCUGGUGCGCGAGUGGCUGCCAGGCGAUAGGCGAUUUCGCAGUGAAUGUGACAAGGCUAGGAGCUAACCAACAGCGGACUGCGGUCUGCUCCGUCGCCAUCCGUCCGAUGGAGCGGGCCCGCCGGCUGAAGAUCAGGGAGCUCGGCGCGGAGCUCACCUGCUACCUCUGCAACGGCUACUUCGUGGACGCCUUCACCGUAGUGGAGUGCCUCCACUCGUUUUGCAAAUCAUGCAUCAUGAACCACGUGAAAAAGACGUGCGCCUGCCCAAGAUGCGGGACGUUGCUCAACCAGGCCCGACUGACCGUGGCUCUCAGGCCUGACCAGACUCUGCAGUCUGUGGUGUACAAACUGGUGCCGCGCCUCUUCAAUGACGAGAUGCAGCGGCGGAGAGAGUUCUACGCUCACCACCCUCAGAGAGAUCGCAGCCUGUCGCCGGAGAGGCGUGGUGACGUCAGCUCCCAGCAGUUUGUGUACACGCUCACCGACCCCAUCAGCUUCAGCCUCGAGUACUACAGGUCGGUUGACGAGGAGACCGCACUGCCUCCAAAACGGUUCUUUCAAGCGCCGGCCGGCCUCAGCGUGGGUCACCUGCGGAAGCUGCUGACCAUGAAGCACGGCCUGGCCACAUCAACCCAGAUUGAUAUUCUCUACGGUGGAGACAUCUUGUCUGAAGAGCUCAUUAUCAUGGACGUCGCCUACAUGCACAAUUGGGACCGAACAGCGCCGAUGCGCUUCUUCUAUCGCUACCUCACGAAACGGCCGGCCGACGCGAGCGCGCCCGUCGCCUCGCCCAGCAAGCGACGGCGGCCGGAGCUAGCGCAGGCUGCGGAGCCGGAGUCGUGCCCGAUGGACACCGGCUCCGGCGACAGCGACAAGGAGAACGUCGAGAACGACGCGCGCGCCGCGGCGCCUCCGGACGCAACGCUGCCGGGCGCCGGCGCGGCGCGGACAACCGUGAAGCCGGGGGAAGCCGAAGCCCCGGGGCAGUCAGCCUGA